UGCUCACUAGUGCACAGUACACAGCAUGUCACAUCGCAAGUUUUCGGCCCCUCGACAUGGGCACUUGGGAUUCCUUCCUCGCAAGAGAAGUUCUAGACAUAGAGGGAAGGUGAAAACCUGGCCGAAGGAUGAUCCCAGCAAGCCUGUGCAUUUGACAGCUUUCCUGGGCUACAAAGCCGGCAUGACCCACAUCCUGCGGGAAAUACACAGACCUGGCAUGAGGAUUUCAAAACGAGAAGCCGUGGAGGCGGUUACUAUAAUUGAUACUCCACCUUUGAUUGUCGUUGGGAUUGUUGGGUAUGUGAUGACUCCAAAGGGACUGCGGGCGUUUAAGACAAUCUUUGCUGAACAUAUAAGUGAUGAAUGCAAGCGACGUUUCUACAAGAACUGGUGUAAGAGCAAGAAGAAAGCCUUUACUAAAUACUGCAAGAAAUGGCAGGAUGAAGUGGGGAAAAAGCAGCUAGAAAAAGAUUUUGAAGCCAUGAAGAAGUAUUGCAAAAUCAUCAGAGUCAUUGUUCAUACUCAGAUGAGACUGUUGCCUCUGCGACAGAAAAAAGCCCAUAUCAUGGAAAUCCAACUGAAUGGAGGAACUAUUGCAGAGAAAGUGGAUUGGGCACAUGAGAAACUGGAGAAACAGAUCUCAGUGCACACCAUCUUUCAUCAAAGUGAAAUAAUAGAUGUCAUUGGUGUUACCAAAGGCAAGGGAUUCAAAGGCGUCACCUCCCGCUGGCAUACCAAAAAGCUACCGCGGAAGACCCACAAAGGUCUGCGAAAGGUCGCUUGUAUUGGGGCCUGGCAUCCAGCUCGAGUUGGGUUUACAAUUGCUCGUACAGGGCAAAAGGGUUAUUUCCACCGUACAGAGGUCAAUAAGAAGAUAUAUCGCAUUGGACAAGGUAUCCACAUCGAAGAUGGCAAAUUAGUGAAAAAUAACGCUUCCACUCAUUAUGACAUGACUGAUAAGAGCAUCACUCCGAUGGGUGGAUUUCCACAUUAUGGUGAAGUGAACAAUGACUAUGUUAUGGUAAAAGGCUGUGUCGUUGGAACAAAGAAGCGUGUUCUUACACUCAGAAAGUCUCUUCUGGUUCACGCUAAACGCCGUGCUUUUGAACAAGUUGAGCUCAAGUUCAUUGACACAACUUCCAAAUUUGGCUAUGGACACUUCCAGACGGCUGAGGAGAAGAGAGCUUUCAUGGGGCCACUCAAGAAAGAUCUGAUACAAGGGAAGGCCAGUGUCCCGAUUGUUUCUUAACAGCUACAGAUUUGAAGGACUGUGUCUGUCACUGAGUUACUUAUCAAACUGA